AUGUCUACGAUUAACAAAUUCUUGGAAUUCUAUUCUGACUGGAAUCGUUUGAAGAAAGGAGUAGCAAUACUUUUACGACUUCGCGCAAUGCUACUGAAAUUGAGUCAAAUGAAGAAAGAUAAACCACAUCAAACGAAGUCUAGAAGACACCUUCCAGAAUUCCAACAACCUAUUACCGUCCAAGAGCUAGAAGAUGCCGAGAUGGCCGUUAUAAGAUGCGUUCAAAUCCAAGCAUUCACCAGAGAAAUGUGCAUCUUACGAUCUAUAGAGAAAUCCGAAGGCCAAGACAAAAGACAACGUGAAAGGUGGACAAAGAUUGAAGUAAAAAGAUCAAGUUCCAUUUAUCGAGUGAGUCCCUUCCUUCAUCGAGAUGUCCUUAGAGUCGGUGGCCGCCUAAGACGUGGUGACUUCACCGAGCAAAUGAAGCAUCCUUACAUCUUACCACGCAAAAGUCAUGUUACCACUCUGCUAAUUCGUCAUGUUCAUCAAAAGUUGGGACACGCUGGUCGAGGACAUGUUCUUGCGACAUUAGUAGUAGUAGUAGUAGUAGUAGUAGUAGUAGUAGUAGUAGUAGUAGUAGUAGUAGUAGUAGUAGUAGUAGUAGUAGUAGUAGCAGUAGUAGUAGUAGUAGUAGUAGUAGUAGUAGUAGUAGUAGUAGUAGUAGUAGUAGUAGUAGUAGUAGUAGUAGUAUUUUGUAUGUUGCGUAACACGCGCUCAAAACUAAUGCGUAUACUAUACCACAUGAGGUUUUUAUUUUUCAAUACUUUUCUCAAUCGGCAAACAAACUUAAAACGUAUGUUUAGUGCUUUAUCUGUAAAAUAAUACUAAAAUGAAAAGAUUUUAGAUGGUACGCCAAAGAGAAAAUGACGUCUGAAGUUCAGUAAGUUUUGCUUAUAUUCAUGCUAUAAACAUGGCGUCAAUUUUAAAGCGUCAUUGAUAUUGUAUUUGACAAUUUUUGACUAUUUUUUAUGUUUCUCAACCGGCAGACGCAUUUAAAGAGGUUGCUAACUGUAUAAACUAGAGAGUAAAGCUAAAACAAAGUAAUUUUGAAAGGAACGCCAAAAAGAUUUUAGGUUUUGAAAACUUGUCAUUGCAAAUACGUGACAUUGAAAAAAAUUGCCUCUUAAUAUUAUUAGACAAUUUAUGAAUAAUACUGAUAUUAUUAGACAAUUUAUAUUGUUAUUAUUGUAUUAUUAUUAUUAAUUUUAUUGUUAUUAUCAUUAUUAUUAAGACAAUUAUUAUUGGUUUUAUUAUUUAUCUGCAAAGGAUUGGCCAAAACUAUCUUUCCACCAGCAGUGAAUCAUGGAUCAUAGUCAGUGGAACUCUCUUGCUGUGCAUGCACAAAAACUAGUGCAUCUGCUGUUUCUUUUGUAUUACAUUGUCGGUUACUGCGGUUCCUCAUUUCAUUAGAUGUUUGUGAUCUUUCCUUUGUCUGCGUUGCCUUGGAUACAGACGUUCUAUAACAUAAAAAUAUUUAAAAUAUAUUUACAACUUUCGCAACAAUUUUCCGUUACAAGUUACAACAAUGCAAAUUAACUAGUAAAUUGGUCCACGUAUGAGCUGAAGUCUUGGCGGUAUCAACCCACCAAAUUAUGGAACGCUCUUCCCGACCUAGUUAGAUUGGCAGAGAAUUGGUAAAAUGGGAACUGGGAUUGAUCUAUUUUUAGACUGGGAAAAUGGGAUUUGGGUUGCUGGGAUUUGGCCACUGGGAAAUGAAGUCCUCAAAAAUGGUAAUGGGAUUGAGGAAAAACGAGUCGAUUCCCAAUUUUGCGCGUUUUAAGUAUUUUAAAAUACAAUUUUGAUCCGUUUUUGGUGUCUUUUGUCAUGAUCUUUGUUGUUAACUAUAUUAUUCACAGCACUACCUGCGAACAGGCAUACUCUGGCGCCCGGAAUUCUGGGUUUUCUGAUUAUGCGUGUCCCCAAGUUAGAUGCACAGCGGAAUAUAUGCCUGGUUCCGGUAUAUGCUUCAUUUAACCCUUAGUAUAUACCUCGAAGGCAAAGCACAACCGCUUCUGCCACACGGUGCGCACAUACGGUAGCUUAAAAUGUCUUAAAACUGUUUAUUCUGCCGAUGAAUAACUUUUUUUUAUUGACUGGGAUUUCAGUAACUCGGACUGGGAUUUCUAAUAAAAAUCCAACUGGGACUGGGAUUUUGCCAAAAUUUCAGGUGGGAAAUGGGAUUGGGACCCCCCUUCAGGAUCCUCUUUAAAAAACAGUAUAAAUGACAUUGAAAUUGAGCAUGUUCCGGAUAUUUCCAAUCUAUAAUUAUUGCAAAUAGUUUUUUAGAUUUAUAUAGAUAUAUAGAUGUAUUAUAUAGUUAGAAUUUUCGUGGCAUUACCUGUGUAUUGCAUUGCAUUACGUUGCAUUGCAUUGCAUUGCAUUGCAUUGCAUUGCAUUGCAUUGCAUUGCAUUGCAUUGCAUUGCAUUGCAUUGCAUUGCAUUGCAUUGCAUUGCAUUGCAUUGCAUUUGCAUUGCAUUUAUACGAAUUCUUAAAAUUUUAAGCUGAUCUUUUGUCUAAAGUCGCUGUCACGAGCUACACAGAAGGCUGUUAGAUGUCAGAUUCAUGCCUCGAAACGUGGCGGGGAAACGUAAAGCGCAUGUGCGAGUAUACGGAAAUGCAUGCUAAAAUUAUAGGAGUAAAUACGUGUUUACCACACGGCCCUUUUUAAGAAUUCGUCAGUGGGGGAGGGGGGCAUCUAAAGAAAGGGACCAUGCUAUACUGAGUGUGAAGAGAUGACAGAUGGUGGUUGGUGACAAAAUGUUUGGUGUGGUGUCGUAUUUUCCACCCCUAUGACCGCAUUUUGUGAGUUUUCUGAAACAGAUUUUUGGAUAUACUAUUAUUAUUAUUAUAUUUAUAUUUAUCCAGGAUACCCACGUCACCGAAGUGUUUUUCAGUGGGGUCCUGCACUAUAAAUUUCAACUUCAAUAUACAUAUACAUUACAAAAUAACAUGCAAAUCUACAAUAACAUGCGUUAACAUACUUAUACUAUAUAUAUAUAGUGUUACAUUAUACUGUAGUUGACUGAAUCUUCAGUCAAGUACUUGGCAGUGCACUAUAUUUAUGUAAAUUCACUAGUUUAGCCUGGCCUUCCAACAACUCAAAUCUAUAAGGUCUGGAAUAUGUGAUACGUUGUCCACAGGGAAAUUUUCAAAAUCUGAGGUAUUUAAUUACAACACCGUGUUUGACGUUUUUAAAAAGACAUUGAAUCAUUUGAAGAUAAAAGACAUGACAAAAGAUUCACAUUGCAAAGUUCACUAGAAUAUCAGACCUCCCUUCUAAAUUCCAUUUUUCUUCCAAUGUUUUCAUUUUCGACAAAAGGGACAUUGACUGGAGGGAAUGCCUGGGGGUUAAGGCCCCGGUUUUGGGUGAAUGGUGGGGGGAGGGGGGAAGGCCCUGGUUUAAUAUAAGGAAACGGCUGAUGCUAUACGGUAGUGACUUUCAGUAAUUUUCUUUAAAGUGGCACUAUCAUUAAUUUUUUUCUUUCUUCAUAAUCCAGAAAUAUAACGUAUGCUUGAUAUUCUUACCAAAUUUCAAGGCAAAAUUCGUUCAUCUUCCUGACUUUUUACGAUUCUUAUUUGCCAAUUUUACGGCAUGUGCUAAAACCUGGACUGGACUAUGGACUGGACUGGACUGGAUUAUGUGCUGGAUUUUGGACUGGAUUAUGGACUGGAUUAUGGACUGGAUUAUGGACUGGAUUAUGGACUGGAUUAUUGACUGGAUUAUGGACUGGACUAUGGACUGGACUGGACUAUGGACUGGACGAUGGACUGGACGAUGGACCUCCAUCGUAUUGUGCUAAAACCUGGACACUGGACGAUUUUUAUUUAGCUACAGCCGUUUCAACAAAUUCAGUCUCCAAAUUCAGUCUCCUGCUAUCACUUUGUCACUAUAGACACUAUACUAUCAACUUGACACACCUUAAUGACCUUACUUACUUACUUACUGAAAUUUGAUUGACAGUUCAUUAAAUAGAAAUUUUACAAAUUUACAACAUUUUAAUCAAUGUUACAAUUCUCGACGUUGCACUUUUAUCGUGGCCUGUUGAUUAACGUUCAAAUCACCAUGGAAUAUACCUACUCAGAAGUUUUACAAGGUAAAGUACCUUGUAAAAUAAUCCAGUCCAUAAUCCGGUCCAAAUUCCAGUCCAAAAUCCAGUCCAUUAUCCAGUCCAAAAUCCAGUCCAUAAUCCAGUCCAGUCCAGGUUUUAGCACAUCCCCAAUUUUACGGCCACCAUUAAACGCGCGCAAUUAAAGAAUGAGUCUCAACCGUGAUGCAUUGCGCGCUUGACCAGCUAUUUUCGGGGCACCCGAAAAUGGCGGCAUAUUAGGUUGUAUGAGUGCACGAUAAGAAAAUAUGUCUGCUUCUAUUUGCAAGUCUGGCGUUUCCCCUCCAAAACGUGGUAGGCCAAGAAAUGAAGUAGGAAUCACAAGAAUUAAAUUAAAGAAGGAUGUGUUCGAAACGUGGCUUUCAAGGAAGGAUUCUCUUGGUUUUUCAAAGAAGGCCCAUAGUGAGUUUGCGAUGCACUUGUUGUUGAAUUUCUGCGAGAAAGAACGCGGCGAAAGUAAUUUUAUACCGACCGCUACUGAUGGUAAGCAUAAAACUCUUUUGACCCAUUGUAUGUUUUUACAUGAACUUCGACUUUAUACAUAUCGGCUUGGUUUUUAAGUUUCAGACGACAGACAUAUACAUGUACCUCCAGUAGUCAAUUCAACACCAAAUGGAAAUAGCAACAUGGGAUUAUUUCAUGCUACUUCGCCAAUUUACAAGGAUGAUGUUCACGGUGCGUACAUUGAAGAUUCUACAUCUUCUCAUCAGAAUAUGAAUGUUAGCAGGGUGGAGCUAGAGAGCGUCUACACUUUCAUUAAUCCAGAAUUUGGAAUACAUGCUGGAGAACCAUCUUCUUUUGAAAGCUAUUGUUCAAGUUCAGAUUCAACGAACACUUCGUCGACAAGGUACUGUAAAUUCUAAACUAGGGUAGGGUAUAUCUAUACAUGUAUUUGGAAUUCUGGAUGAUUCGCAAGUUAGUAAUAAAGUGGAAUAAAGAGGUCAAUAUUAAGGUUUAUACAUCAUUCAUAAUCUAAAAGCGAUGUUUGAAAUGGUGAUUACUGAUCAGUUGACUUUUUUUAUUGUUUGUGACAGUGACAUAGACAACAGUUUGGGGGGAGAAUUGCUGCAGUGAACUCUGUUUCAGUGAUGAUGUUGAGCGGUAAUUUGAAAUUUUGAAUCAAUUUGAAUCUGAUGUAGACUAUUAAUAAUUAAUUAGGUAUCGAUUACUUUUCUGAUAAUAUACUAUAAAUCCCAACAUCCCUGGGUUAGAAAUGCUCGUAUAACUACUCGAUAAUGCUGAACUAUUUUGCAAUUAAUUAUUUCCUUAUUUAUGCUGCAGUUUAUCAGAUGAUUACGAUGAUGAAACAACAUUGAGUGCUAUAGACUUGGAAGUUGAUAUGACAUCUUCAUGCAGUCCCAAUAUAACUAAAGGAGAAGAGGAUAUGGACAUCAGUGACUCAGAAGAUGGUGAUGUUGGCAAGGAGCAAAAACCAGAAUCAUGCUCAGAAAGAAAUGAAAGGUUGCUAAAUGAAAUGAAAUCUGCAUUCAAUGUGUUGAAUGGGAUUGAGAAACGAAACAGUAGGUGCAGUGAGCACUUUUUUCAAUCUCGUGUUAUUGUGGAUGUGUCUAUUAUGGUGGAUAUUUUUAACAAGGGCUGCCAACAUCUUAUCGUUCAGGAAAAAGUAAAGUUGUAA